AUGAGCAACCUUGCGCCGUGCACCCACAAAGAAGCCGACACUCACCUGAUGAUCUGCACUCUUGAUGCGUCAUUAAGAGGUCAUUGGCGCAUCAAGAUCAGAACCAACGACACAGAUGUGAUUGUUCUCGCCCUUUCAGUUGUCAGCACACUCCCGUUGAUGAAUCUUGGAUAACAUAUGGUUCAGGGAAGAAUGUGCAACACAUACCUGCGCACGUCGUCGCUUCAUCCUUAGGUCCCUCUAAAGAGUUCGCGUUGCCAAUGUUCCAUGCCUUGACAGGGUAAAACACAGUUUCAUUCUUCCGCAACUGUGGAAAGAAGUCUGCAUGGGAUGUUUGGAACGUCUUUCCCGAGUUGACCCCAGUUCUAUGCGCUUUGAAAGCUUCACCAAAGAUUAUCAGGGAAGAAUCACUUGCUGUCUUGGAAAGGUUGUGGUACUUCUCUAUGACCGAAAAAGCAGUCUACUGAAAGUCAACGAAGCACGGCAGGAGCUAUUCUGCAAGAAAUCAAGGGAAUUUGACAGCAUAUCGCCAACUAAAGCAGCGCUUGAGCAGCACAUCAGACGAGCAGUACUUCAGGGAGCUCAUACUUGGGGCCAAACCCUCUUGUGUCAGCCCACACUUCCUAGCCCUGCAGACUGGGGAUGGCAGCAUCAAGCACGUGGCUGGUCACCGUAUUGGAUGA